UCCAAAGAUGGUGGUGAAUAGUAAAUGCGGGGUCUGGAGACGAUAAUGAGGAUGUAAAUCGUCGCGAAGUGGGGUGUGGGGCGCGCCGCACUGCCCCGGACAACCUGUGGCGUACGUAUCUGUUGCGCCGCCCGCCCGAGCGCCCGUGCGCCCGGCGGCUUCCUCGGCGCUGCCGCCGCCCGCCGGCUGCCCGCAGUUCGUGUCGCCGCGUCUCGCCCGUCGCCAGCGACCCAGUCGCUCGCGGUAUCGCUCCCGCGUGAACUACACGUGUACAGUAUAAGACCACUUCCUCUAACCCGCCGUCGGUACGAUUCUAUUCUGAUACGCGCAAACUUUCUCGCAUAAACAUUAAUAAAUAACUGCCCAUGUUGGUGAAUUAAUUGAUUUCUGAAACAAUGAAGUUAAAUUAAUAGGGCAUAACUUUCUUCAUUAACAAACUCCCUUGAUAGGAAUUAGUAACAAACGGCAUUAGGUUGUUUAUUUGCUAAUCGAAUUCGGCAGAUUAAUGAGUAAAACUGAAUCUUCCUUAAAUUUAAACUUAGUACCUACCUAAAUUACUUACCUACGCCUAAAUAAAGAUGUUUGCUUUCUUUUUAAAACUCGAAGCUUAAGUAAAAUAACAAUAUUAUAGCCAAAUUUCGGUAGCUUAGAAUAAUGCAUUUGUAUAAUAUACAAAUUAUUUGAUUAUGCUGUAAACUUUAGAUGUGUAUACUCGUAUGUAGAUCUAUACCUUUCGUAUAAGAUUUUAGGGAGGAACCCACUUGUCAGCUAUCAUUUAGGUAUAAAUAUUUGUUCAAUACGAGGACCUUCCGCCCGGUCCUAGAAGGAUGUAUUAUACUGUUGGAGAGGUCCCGGGGUCUCUCUCGGCUACAUUCCAAGUCAUUGAAGUUUUGUUGAAAAGUUGAAGUGACGGUUAUAUUCUCCAGUUGAAUUUAGUGUAUUGAAUUGAAAGUGAUAACGUAGCUGAACAUCAUCAGUGAUCGGAGCCUGCAGUGCCUGGAGGCUAGCAACACGCGGGUCCAGAUGGCCGGUGCAGCCCGGCUGCGCUAGAUCGAUCCCGCCACAGCCCGGCGGGCUUCUCCGUGGUUGACCGAGUGCGCAAGCGCACGGCGAGGGGGGAUGCCGGUGCGCAAGGGGCUGCUGGCGCCCCAAAACACCUUCCUCGACACCAUCGCCACGCGCUUCGAUGGCACACAUAGCAACUUCGUGCUGGGCAACGCGCAGGUGCCGUCAUACCCGAUCGUGUACUGCUCGGACGGAUUCUGUGAACUGACGGGGUGGGCGCGGGCACACAUCAUGCAGAAGGGCUGCGCUUGCAAGUUUCUCCACGGCGCGGACACCCGGGACGAACAUCGGCAGGAGAUCGAUGCGGCCCUGGACUCCAAACAUGAACUCAAACUCGAACUUAUUUUUUAUAAGAAAAAUGGUUCUCCCUUUUGGUGUUUGCUCGACAUUGUUCCAAUUAAGAAUGAAAAACGAGAAGUGGUUUUAUUCCUCGCCUCAUUUAAGGACAUCACUAACACCAAGAUGGCCGCCAUGACCACUAAUGAGGACUUCGACAGCGGAGCCGCGGUGCGGCCUUCGGCUGGCGUGGUCACUCUAGCGUUAUCCCCAUUUGUACCCGCAGCGGCACUCUUGGGCGCCCGGUUCCGCGCUGAAUCUAGUUGCCUACUUCCAGACCCGAAUGGCAAUUUGGACCCUGAAGCGCCGUCGCCCGCCAACAUGGGCAGACGGCGAUCUAGAGCGGUACUUUAUCAGCUUUCAGGACAUUAUAAACCGGAAAAAACGAAGAGCAAAAUUAAACUUAACAAUAACCUGCUUCACUCAUCUGAUCCACCGCUGCCUGAAUACAAAACGUCAGCUAUCAAAAAAUCAAAAUUUAUAAUAUCACAUUAUGGAGUAUUCAAAACAUUUUGGGACUGGCUGAUACUUAUAGCCACGUUCUAUGUUGCGGUCGUGGUGCCGUACAACGCCAGCUUCGUUGAUGAAGGUCAUCCCAGGAUCAGCGUCACAUCUGACGUUGUGGUUGAAGCUUUAUUUAUUGUCGAUAUACUACUUAACUUCCGAACAACUUUUGUGAGCAAGAAAGGAGAAGUGGUGUCGGAUUCUAAGGCAAUAGCUUUUAAUUAUUUAAGGUCGUGGUUCGUGGUGGAUCUGCUGGCCGCGCUUCCCUUUGACCUACUUUACGCAUCUGACGUGUACAGCGGCGCGGAAUCUACUCACGGGAACGUGCAUUUAGUGAAGCUCACGAGGUUGUUGCGCUUGGCGAGGCUGCUGCAGAAGAUGGACCGAUACUCGCAGUACUCGGCCCUCAUUUUAACGCUUUUGAUGUUGUCAUUCUCGCUCGUCGCGCACUGGCUCGCUUGUAUCUGGUUCAUUAUCGCCGAAAAGGAAAUUGAAAAUCACAGAAACGAGAGCUGGGAUCUAGGAUGGAUAAACAAUUUGGCAGAGCGGCUCAAAGUUCCGGUGCCUGAGAUAUCACACAGUGAGAGCUACGUCACCGCACUGUACUUCACUUGCUCUUCUCUCACCAGCGUUGGCUUUGGAAACGUCUCCGCUAACACUUUACCAGAGAAAGUAUUUAGCAUACUUACUAUGCUCAUUGGAGCACUCAUGCACGCUGUUGUGUUCGGUAACGUAACCGCCAUUAUUCAAAGAAUGUACUCGCGCCGGUCCAUGUAUCAGAGCAAGUGGCGCGAUUUGAAGGAUUUCCUCACCAUCAAUCAAGUCCCCAAGGAACUCAAGCAACGCAUGCAAGACUACUUCCAAACCAUGUGGUCGCUCAACCACGGGAUUGAUAUUCACGAGACUCUAAAGGAAUUCCCCGAAGAGCUGAGAGGCGAUGUUUCAUUACAUUUGCACCGAGAAAUCCUAUCGCUUCCAAUUUUCGAGUCGGCGUCCCAAGGAUGCUUAAAGCUACUAUCGUUGCACAUUCGUAACAACUUUUGCGCUCCUGGCGAAUACCUCGUCCAUAAAGGCGAUGCGCUCACAUACAUUUAUUACAUUUGCAACGGUUCAAUGGAAGUAAUGCAAAACGAUAUGGUCGUCGCUAUUCUAGGUAAAGGAGACUUGGUGGGCUGUGAUAUGAAUGCUCAUUUGCAUGCAUACAAUAUGGGACAGUCACAAAACAACAAUCAAGACUCAGUCAUCGUGAAAUCGAGCAGCGACGUAAAGGCUCUCACAUAUUGUGAUUUAAAGUGUAUAGCUAUGAAUGGGUUAGCAGAAGUCCUUCGACUCUAUCCGGAAUACCAGCAAGAGUUUAUUCAGGAUAUCCAGCACGAUCUCACUUAUAACCUUCGAGAAGGCUAUGAAGCUGAACAAGAGUCAGACGGAAAUGGCCACCCCUCCCUUACCCUACCUUCCAUAUCAGAAGAUGAUGAAAAUAUAGCAGAGGAAGGUCUUUCCCCUAAAAUCAAACCACCGCCUCCUAGCAUCAAUAAUAGUCCUCGCCAUCUUAAAUUCAGACCAGACGGACAACGAUUAACGCACAGGGAAUUACGUGAGAGAAUAGAAAGACAGCGUUCCGUUGCGACGCCUAAAAUUACGAAAGCCGACUCAUUGGAGGGAUUAAAUUUAGAAGUGUACAACACGCGGUCUUCUGUAGAUAGACUUGAUACGCAGGUAUCGAGCUUGCAUCACGACGUCGCCGCGCUCAGCAUGGAGGUACGGAAUGCAAUACAAGCAUUGCAGGAGAUGACGGCAGCACCGCCGGCCGGCUGGCACUCUGCGCAUUCUAAUCCCAACCUUCAGUGGAGCACUCCUCCCAAUCAACUCGCGCGCAGCUGUAGCCAUCCUCCUGACGUCUUCUGCUGGGAUCAACAAGAACGGCCGAUCACACCUGACCGUCUGAAAGUACAUCGACACACGCAGACGGAACCCUUCCUUCAUUCCAUUACACAAUACAUUCUUGAGCACCCUGCCACAGUGAUGCUCUUGCUUGGCCUCGAACCGGUGACGACACUAGCACCGGCACCUUCCGCGGUCGACUACUAUGACCCUCGGAGUCGCAGACCCAGCACGCUGGAACAAAUCGUAGAAUCAGAGAACGGCAGCCAAACCCCCUCAAGUACAGCAAGCGAAAAGUUCGAACUCAACAGAAGCCUCAGCGAAAGCGUCAAAGACAUUGAUAUACAGCCUGAAGUGAAAAAACUGGAACGGCAAGACGCAAAAAUAACUAAUAUGAAAAGGAAUAGGUAUUCUGCCAGUGAUCUGAGUGACGAGACGGAGCGGCUGCUCUCGGCCGCGUCCUCGCUGCCCAGCACUCGCAGCCUUAAGUUUAAUAUUAACAGUUAAGUUAACUGAAGACAAUUCCAUUUCCGCGAUGUCGUGUUUAAUAUUGUGCUCAUUAGUCUUUAGAACUUUGAUGUAAAUUAUUUACCAAAUAGAUUUAAUCAGUCGCGAUUAAAUCAACCUUGGGUCAAUGUGAUGAUGUUUCGAUACUUACAAUUAAUGUAGCUAGGCCUCGAAGAGACUCUAUUAGAUGUAGAAGAUAACUACAUUACUUACUUAUAUCAGUUUAGUUUUAAGCCCAAUGAUGUCUUUGUUCAACAAAGUCUAAAUACUUAGAACCUCGUGCAUGUUUACAAUACGAUUUUGUACAUAUCAUUAUCAUGAUUGUUUAACUUACUAUAAUUAACAGAAUCGGAGCUCUAUUUGGAAAAUCUCUAGUCACUUGUACUUAUUAGAUUUAAGAGAUUACGAGAGAGGUAUGUUGAGUUUAUGACAGCAUUGCCUACUCGUAUUUUAAGAGUCCCUACUAUUUAGUUUUAAGUUAUAAUGAAAUCAAUUAUUUUAAAGUUAAAUAUACAUCUUAUAACUAGGGACCCUGUAUUACUGAAAUGUCUUUUGAUCAAAGCAAGAAAAAGCAUAUCUAUAGCUAAAUUGUUGUAUACAUACAUAGUCGUAUGAGCCCGUACCGCUUCGCGCGUGUACCUUUAAUAUUAUCUAGACAAUACAUAAUCUGUAGAUACGUACCUAUUACCACAACUGUCUUCGCGUCGAGGUAUUUAGGUGUACGACUUUAAAUACUUUUAGGUAGAUUAUAAACUUAAUUACACGUUUUUAAAUUUGAUCUCUAUAUUUCAACACUACUAUUUCAAUAACUGGACGUCUAUAGGUAAAUAGUAAUUUCUAUGUGGUCUUCCUGUAAAUAUAUAAAUUGGUAUUUUUGUGAAAAAGUCAAAAUUUAACUUUCUAAAGUGUAUUUAUGUGAGAUUUGCCAAAUAAGGAAAAUAUGCAAUUAAACAACGUGCCAAUGUUAAAGGAAAACUGAAUCAUUUAUAGGUAUUAUAAUCAUUGAAUGAAAAAGUGAAGUAUUACAAAAAACGUUUCGUAAACAGUAGUAAGCUAAUAAAAACCUCCGUCUACUAACGAGAUGAGCCCGUGGAUUUGAUUCAAAAGUUUGCUUUAUCAAUUUAACAAUCGACAUUUGUAAAGAGGAUACCAGGAGCUGAAAUUUAAAUAUUGUAGAUGAAUAUAUCCGUCUCGCUAACGGAAGCGGCUCCUAAAACUAGUGCGAUAAGGACAACGCCAGGUUAGGUGAAAAAUUUUCUCCUCCAAAACUUAACCAAAUGU